AUGUCCGACUUCGUCAAAGUGAGCGGCGGGCGGCUGACGCUGGGCGACCGGCCGUUCUACUUCGUGGGGGCGAACUCCUACGACCUCAUGAUCCUGGCGUCCACGGGGCAGAGGGCCAACGUGACCGAGCUCCUGGACAUCUGCGCGAACAUGGGCCUGAGCGUCAUCCGCACGUGGGCCUUCUUCGACGGGCCGGGCGGCCUUCAGACGGCGCCAGGUGUGCUGAGUGAAAAUUAUCUUGAGGGUCUAGACUUCGUGAUCGCUGAGAUCGGUAAGCGCGGCAUGAAGGUGCUGCCCGUGCUUAUAAACUACUGGAGAGACUACGGGGGAAUGUUCCAGUACGCCAAGUGGGCGCUGGGGACGGAGCCAAGCAAAACGGAGGAUUUCUACAGCUGCUCGGGCGCUGUUCAGAUGUUCAUGGACUACAUGACGGCCAUAAUUUCGCGAACAAACUCCAUCACCGGCAUAGCUUACAAGUAUUGA